UUACCAUAGGCUGCUGAGAGAAGGCGACAGGAACCAUCCCCCUAAUCACACCCAUUUCCGUUUCCAUUUUGGUCUUCACAUACUCUGUUCUCAAACCCCAAAAAACAAGACCACUAUUUAUGAUCUAAUAGCAUUACCUGCAUACUCUGCUUCAACCAUGGCUUUCACCUGUUCACCUUUCAUCACUUGCAAGAAAGAUUUGUGUUUCUUUAGUUUUCAUGAUCAUUCAGCAUCCUUUAUUAUCACUGAUGAGAAAUGCAAGAAAACAACAUCAAAGAAGAUCGUUUCUGUUGUGUCACCCCAUAAGAACAAACGCAACCCUUCUUCUGCAGCUGGCUCAAGAAAGACUCCAAUGACUGUGACAGAGAAGAUACUGGCUGGAGCUUCAGAGAAAAGUGAGGUGAAGGCAGGGGAAAACGCGUGGGUAAAUGUUGAUGUUUUGAUGAUCAAUGAUAUCACUUGCCCUGGUGUGUCUGCUACCUUCAAGAAAGAGUUCGGCAACACUGCUAAGGUUUGGGACCGUGAAAAGAUUGUUGUUAUCCCUGAUCAUUACAUAUUCACAAAUGACGAACGUGCACACCGCAAUGUGGAUACUGCAAGAGACUUUUGCACAGAGCAAGAUAUUAAGUACUUCUAUGAUAUUCAAGAUCGCACUAAUUUCAGGGCUAACCCUGAUUAUAAAGGUGUUUGUCACAUUGCUCUAGCACAGGAAGGUCAUUGCAGACCUGGAGAGGUCUUGCUUGGAACUGAUUCUCACACAACAUCAGCCGGAGCAUUUGGUCAAUUUGCUACUGGAGUUGGGAACACUGAUGCUGCUUUUAUAUUAGGGACAGGGAAGAUCUUACUCAAGGUGCCUCCGACAUUGAGAUUUGUACUGGAUGGUGAAAUGCCUAACUAUUUGCUUGCGAAGGAUCUAAUUUUGGAUAUCAUUGGUGAAAUUUCAAUGUCUGGUGCAACAUAUAAAACUAUGGAGUUUGUUGGGACCACUAUUGAAAGCUUAAGUAUGGAAGAGAGGAUGACACUGUGCAACAUGGUUGUAGAAGCUGGAGGGAAAAAUGGUAUUGUUGCUGCUGAUCAGAAAACAUACCAAUACCUUGAGGAUAAGACAUCUGCACCAUUUGAACCAGUUUAUAGUGAUGAGAAAGCAAGAUUUCUAGCCCAGUAUAGAUUUGAUGUAUCAAAGAUGGAACCAUUGGUGGCAAAGCCACAUUCCCCUGAUAAUCGCGCUUUGGCAAGAGAGUGCAGCAAUGUGAAAAUUGACAGAGUAUAUAUUGGAUCAUGCACUGGUGGAAAGACUGAAGAUUUUAUGGCUGCAGCUAAAGUUUUCUUAGCUAGUGGAAAAACUGUCAAAGUGCCUACUUUUCUUGUUCCUGCAACACAGAAGGUUUGGAUGGACUUAUACACGCUUGAGGUACCUGGCUCAGGUGGCAAAACUUGUUCACAGAUAUUUGAGGAAGCUGGGUGCGAUACACCUGCAAGUCCUAGUUGUGCAGCAUGUAUGGGUGGCCCAAAAGACACAUAUGGACGCUUGAAUGAACCCAAGGUUUGCGUCUCAACAACAAAUAGAAAUUUCCCGGGUCGAAUGGGGCACAAGGAAGGUCAGGUAUAUCUUGCUUCCCCAUAUACUGCAGCAGCAUCUGCAUUAACUGGUUUCGUGACAGACCCCAGGAAAUUCUUCUAGUAAAGCUACUAUUAUGUGUAAAUUCCAGUUUCAACCUAACAGUGGUAAUGUGAAGUUGUGAACGUCUAUUGAAAAAGUUAACCAGUAAUUUUGCUAUAACUCUUGGAAACAUUGUACGAUAGAUUGCCGCUUGUUUGAGGUUUACAGAACAAGAUAUGCAAAGGUUUUGGUUGAAAAUGAAAUUCAUGUGCCACAACAACAACAGAACAAUGUAUGUUUCUCAUCAUGAGUUCUUCUCAGUUUCCUGUACAA